AUGACUGAUAGCAACGAUAAAGAACUCGAAAAAAUAAGAUUACUGCUUCAACUCGAAGAUAAAAAAGUACAACUCGAAGAUAAAAAAGUACAACUCGAAGAUAAAAAAGUACAACUCGAAGAUAAAAAAGUACAGCAACUACAAUUACAACUUCAAAUCGAAGAAAAAAAACUUGAACGAGCUCGUCUGCACCCACCGUCAAGCUCGGCUUCGCUAUCAGCUACCAGCUAUGCUGAUUAUUAUCGUUUUUCGAUUCUACCUUAUUUGACCACAUGUGAUUUUCAAUAUCCCAUAGUUAAAGAUAUCGAUAAAUUAUAUGGUGACAAAAAGUUUAAACGAAGGCUUAUUGGGUUUUUGAGGAAUGUAACGGAAUCAAAACCGGAAUUGGAAGUGCAAUAUGAUUUUCAAACACUUUUAAUACGUAACGAACUAUGUAACACACCUGAUUCAUUAUUCAGUUUUUUCGAUACACAUUCGAUCUAUUAUCUGAAUAGAAAAGCAGUGGAUAUUUCUUUCUUUUUUAAUGGAACAAAUUUAAAUCGUAGUUCAUUUGAUGAUGCUUAUUUGGAAUUGGUUGUUUUGGUUUGUGAAUUCAAAGCUCCGGACGUUAAUAUUGGAGUUGAAGGUGAUCUAGGUCAAAUGUUUAAAUAUUUGAAUGUGAUACUUUCCGAACAAUAUCGAACACAUGUUUACGGAUUGGUUUGCAAUGGUGAUUCUAUUGUUUAUACCAAAGCAGAAAAAUAUUUCCGUGAACCAAAAUACUACAAAACAAACAAAAUAUCGUUAAGACGUCCAGAUAAAAGUGUUGAUGAUGAAGCAGUUAAACAACUAAUAUGUCUUUUAAAGGGAUAUGAUGAUGUCGAAAAGAAUAUGUCAUUUUAUGGAACAUCGUUUUAUUACAAUCGACAAUCUUUGUUACCCAGACAUUUGAUCGAAAGACGACUUGGACGCGGGUUAACAUCGCGCACAUUUCUUCUGAGCGACAAUAAUGACACAAGAUGUAAAUCUGUUCUCAAACUUCGAUACGGUCAAGAUUUUAAAAGUGUAUUUCAAAAUGAAGUCAAUUUGGUUUUACGUUUACAUUCUUCAUCAUCAUCAAAAUUUUUUGAAUCGUGUUUAUUGAAAAUAAUUGAAUACGACAAAAUUGACUAUCGAUUUAUUUGUUUCGAUAAACAAUUAAUCGAAAUUAAAGAACAAUUAACGUAUAAGCAAAUCCUAUCACUAUUUCAAAUUGUUAUUGAAUUAAAUAAACAACGAAUUGUUCACCGUGACAUCCGACCAAAUAAUAUUCUAUUAUGUAUACAGACAAAGGAUUUAUACUUGGUCGAUUUUGGAUUCGCUUGCGAAAUGGGAAGUUAUGUAUCAUUCGCCGGCACAGUUUGUUAUGCUCCUGCACAUAUGCUUCUUAAUUUAAGACAUCGUUUUGGUCACUAUGGUAGUUUGUUUCAAUACAACGAUGAAAACUAUGAUCUUGAAUCAUUUGUUAAAGUUCUUGUAUUUUACGACAAUGUGGAAAAUCGAGAAAAACUACAAAAAUUGGAUACCAUAAGCAGACAAGACGAUAAAAUAGAAGCCUAUAUUAGCUUUUGGGAUAAAAUACGGUCUAAUGAAAAGUUUCAAAAAUUAUUCGAUUUGGUACAACUGGCAGCACAUCAUCUUACGAUGUAUGAACAAAACAUAGCCAAUGAAUUAAAUACAUUAUUUAAUAAUGGACAGUCAGCUUCCAGUUCUAACGUUCAAACUGCCGGUAAAAUCCUCAAAAAUUGA